GAUCGACGUCCUCCUCCACGGCCGUUACGUUAUCACUAAAUAUUAUGUACUGAAUAAAACGCGUCACUAUUUUAUUGAGAUAAUUUGAAUUGAAUUAAAGUAAAGAAAAAAAAAAUUACCUGAGCUGGAUGUCGAAUAAUUAUGUGUAAUAAUUAUAAGUAAUUUUUAUACAUAAUUAUAAUUAUUAAAGAGCGUAUAAUUGACGAAAAUAAAUUAGCCUCGGGACUCAAUGACCUGAUUGACAUCCUCGCGCGUUAAUGAAGCUCCGCUGUUUUGAAUCGUCGAUGGGCGUGCGGGGGUGACUGGAGUGAUGGGAUGGGGCCAGAGCCCCAUGGAGUUCGGGUAGACCCGUCUCCGGCCCAGCUCCCCAGCCCCCUCCGCCAUCGCAACCGCCACCACUCGUGCAAGCGCCGAAGAGGGCCACCUCGUACGCGAUGGAGGCUCACACUACUCACCAACACCAACGCAAGGACAAGGUGCCACGAGUUCAUAGACCUUGUUCCUUUGAUAAGAUGGAGGAGCUGGUGCGGAAAAUGCAAGACGCGGAGAACGGUGUUCCCGUGGGCAGCCAAAAACAAUUCCUCACAUCAAUUCCCUCGGCGUUUAUGGGCUACGACCUUAUAGAGUGGCUGAUGGAACGUCUUAGCAUCGAAGAAACAGAAGCGGUUCAUCUGGCGAAUCAAAUCUGCCAGUACGGCUACUUCUUUCCGGUAAACGACUCAAAGACUCUUACUGUCAAAGACGACAGUUCUCUCUACAGGUUCCAGGUGCCAUACUACUGGCCAUGGCAGCACAGGACACCCGACAAUGUCGAGUAUGCUAUUUAUUUAGCUAAACGUACACUGAGAAACAAGCAGCGUCAUGCGCUCGAGGAUUAUGAGAUUGAAGCACUGACUAGCUUGAGAAAAAACUUGGCAAACAAGUGGGAGAUAAUUCAAAUGCAAGCUGAAGAACAAGUGCGUUUAUUUAAAGAACGUAAGAAAGGAGAUAAGAUUGUUAGUGACUCGCAAGAGCGUGCAUUCUGGAGAGUUUACAGACCACCGCCAGGAUACAUGAGCAGUCUGGAAGUGCCACCGGUUCCGACGAGAGCACGACCUGGCACAAGACCAACUGUGCGAAAGCGAACACUUACAGACAUACAGCGCGAGGUCGAGUUACUGAGAAACAGUCUGACACGCACUAGGAUAAAAGUAUCCGCGGCGAUUGAAAAUAUAAAGAACUACUUUGAAACUUAUAUGGACUAUGACCCGAUGAUUGUGCAGCCGCUGCCGUCAAACCCCUGGAUCAGCGACGACCAGACCUUCUGGCAGAUAAACAGCCCGAUCGUCGAAGUCCCCACGGAAAAACGGGUCAAGAGAUGGUCCAUUUCGCUGGAGGAGAUCAUGUCCGAUCCCACGGGUCUCCAGGAGUUCACUAAUUAUCUGCGCAAGGAGUACAGUCACGAGAACAUCAGGUUCUGGCUGGCUGUCAAGGACCUCAGGCAUUGUUUCCAGGCACAAAUUCCCGAGAAAGUUAAUGAUAUUUUUAGAGAGUUUUUAGCGCCCGGAGCGCCGUGUGAAAUAAAUAUUGAUGGUAAAACAAUGGAUCGAGUUCACCAGGAAAUGAAAAAUCCCAGUAGAUUUACAUUUGACGCAGCUGCUGAACAUGUAUAUACUUUGCUGCUUAAAAAGGAUUGUUAUCCCCGGUUUAUACGCUCGGAUCACUAUCGUAAUCUUUUGGCAGCUGGUAUACAGCCAUUGCAAAAAAAACGGUUCUUUGGGUUCGGCGGACAAGCGAAGAAGAAAACCGCAACAUCAUCAUCAGGGGGUGCGCUGCAGGGGAACAUGAGCAGCGUAAGCGGUGGCAGAAGACGAGGGAGCGAUCGCAGUCUCUCGGGAUCAGCUCACGAGCUUGCAGUUUGCGGUGUCCGGGAUGUCACCGCUGCCCCCAGGGUUCCUCACUCUCACAGUCAAUCGAAUCUCACUGACAUACCUUACAGGGGAGAUCUCGCUGGUAUCGUAUCCCCUGCCAGGGCUAGUCCACAUUGCGUUCAGGAUGCUGGUGGAGCGGAGGGACCUGCAACUCGCCAUAUGGACGACGUAUGUCCGUGGGACGCGGCGCCAGGGCCGAAUGUCGAGUCCGACGUCGCUGCGGGAACGUCAUCAGGCUCAACUGACGAAAGCACUGGGUGGCCGUGUCCGAGUGUCAGCGGUGUCAGCACCAGUGGAAUACCUUUGCCGAUAGAAACUUCUUCGAGAACGUCUAGGAAAAAUUCAUCCCAGCUAGACUCCUGCAGCUCCUCGUCGGACGUCAGUCUGGCGAUCGCGGAAGCUUCUGAUCGACUGAGAAAAACCUGCGGCCUUCAGCACUCGAUCAGCAUAACGACUCCAAGUAUUACGCGGAACUACUCAGUCGGCUCUAGUGCCACCACAAAAGUGAAGCUCGCCGACACCAGCAGAGCUGCGGUAAACUUCACGACACCCCAGCAGUCAUUUGAUUUGCCCCACUACCAGCACCACCAUCACCAUUACCACCAUCAUUCCCACCAGCAGCUUGACGUCAAAACUGUACCCGAAGAAGUUGAAACCAAAAACGACUCGGAUGUCAAAAGUCCUAAAGACUCGACCAAGCCGCCUGUUGCAAUGGCGCCGCUAAUAAGCAUCAGCGCGAUUGUUGGUGAGCUAACUGGAGACUCGGUCGAUUCGGAGCAGAGUAUUGACCUCGAAUCAGUACCCGAUGACAGCACUGCUGAUGUGUCGACUCUCAGACAAGAUAAUACUGCAACAGAACCCAGUUCUAUUUGUUCAGAUGCAGCUGAUGUUGUUGAAGAAGCUCAGGUUGUUCCUGUAUGGGUUCCUGAGGACAAUCAGCAGUCGCAGUCACAGUCCCAACCACCCUCGCAGUCACAAUCUGCCGCUAGUGCUCCAAAGGAAAAGCAAGACAAUAAUGUUAAUGAAGUUUGUCCUUGGGAAGAUGAAGAAAAUUGUAAAGUGGAUACGCCAUAUGUAAAGACCUACGCGACCUUAGGUUACUUGUAAACCCCAUAAACCAACUUACGAGAGAGUUAAUUAAUGCACUAACCACCUAAAAUGUUUUACACGCUAAUCGCACAUGGAUUACACGUUUAAUCUCGAUGGAACCGCCAUCACGCGGCUGAUCUCAAGUGUCUUAAUUCUAGGUUCGAUAUUAUUGUCAUUAUUACUAUUAUUAUUAUUUAUAACCAUUAAUUAAAAUUAUCUCUGGCGGAUCUAAUAUUACAGUAGGUCUACCACAACUUCCGAUAGAUCUACCGUAAAAUUACGGCAAUGUACGCAAUGAGACAGUAAAAUUACUGUAAAAAAUCAAUCAAAUUAAUUUAAGGGUAAUUAAUGAUUGUAAUGGAUUUAAAAGUAGACAUACCGUAAAGUUGCUGUAGUUUUUUACUGGAACUUACGGCUAUUGAUGAUUCCACAAAUAGUUACCGCCCUAGUGAAUUUGAAUUACGGUAGAUUACCGUAUUUUGCAGUAAUUUACUGUAAUUUUUCUGAAUACCGUAAAUCACAGAUUUGCUAGGGCGUCUUUUUAUCAAACUUUUACCGUAAAUUUACCGUAUUCGUACAGUCACGCAACAGUAGAAUUACGGUAGGUCACGGUAUAUUGCCCUAGUGCUGUAAUUUUACCGUAAUAUUAGGCCGCCAAGGAAUUUUAUUUAAUUUAAUUUACACAUAAAAGUAUUUUAUGAACGAAGGUACUGGAAACUCGGCCUACUUUUAAAUAAUUACAAUGAUAUUUAAAAUUUUUCGAAAAAUACUUACAUAUAUUAUCAUAUAAAACAUAUACUAUACAUACUUGUGUCAAUAUACAUAAAUUUAUAAAUGUUACCGCAAACAAAAUGGCGGCUAAUAUCAUAUAUUGAGGUUGCAUCUUAUUUGUCAGUAGAUUGUUGUGCAUUAGUUGUAAAUUGUCUAGGAAAUUGUUUGAGAUAUAAAUUAGUUUGUGUAAAGUAGAUUAUUGUACUGAGGGCAGCGCAUUUAAAAAAGCAAAUGCCAUUAUUGUAUUACUAUUGCUGUUAGUCUUGCUCUCGCUCUAGCUCCUAGUGAUUUAAUUAAUCAAAACGCUUGAAGGUUAAUUGAUUGAUCAAAAGGAUUAUUGAUUGGAUGCGCUUUGAAGGGGACUGUUGAUAUGAGCCCUUUGACCUCCCCCUUAAAUCGCGCCCCAAUUAAUUUUACAAGUGAGACACAGUUCAGGAUGAAAAUGAAAGAAUUAAAUUUUAGAAUCGAUAUCGGCUUAAUUUAUAAUCACCAACGAUUUAACUAUAGCGCGUGUUUAACAAAAGCCUUUGUGAUAGUUUCAGAUAAAGGAUUUAAAAAGUUAUUAUUGUAGAAGUAGAUUAUUUUAUAAUCUAUUUAAUGUCUAUUUAAAAUUUAAGAGUUUUAAAGCCUCUUUGCGAGCGUCUUACAGUUUACAGUUUGAUGAUUACUGUACUAAUUACUUGUAAUUAUUAUUAUUCAAGUUUUACUUGCUGUCAUUUUAUUUAUUAUUAACUCUAAUUACUAUUAAUUGUAAUUAAAUCUUAAUUACUCUAUGGUGUGACAAAAUGGCCUCUGUUAAGCGCAAUGGCGUCGGGCAAAAGAAAAAUGGCGGCUGUAAUUUUAAACAGAUGAUUAGUAGCCAACAUAAUCUUUAAAUUAUAAUCUAUUAGAAAUAUUGAGGAUUAAUUAUUUAAAUAAUUCAAAUAUGCAGCAAGUGAACUUAAUUGUUUAUAUGAAAAUCCAACAAAUGGUGGCUGAAUGAUUAAUUAAGUGUAUGAGAAUGUUAAUAUUUAUUUAAAAUGUGUUGGCAGGCUUGCAAGAUUGACACUGCCCCAUAAUUGCAAGUUCCCAAUCACAUAACUUUUGAAAAUUAAUUAUUUACGAUGAAUUUUAUAAAAAUAUUUGAAUAACUUGAGACCAGCCGCAGUUAGAAAAAUUGUUAGUAAAAAAAAAUUGUCGAAAGCUCAAUUGUUAGCGUGAUUAUAAUUGUAGCAACAACAAAUUGUAUAGAAUAUAAAAUAAUUCUCUCGCGCUUGAAGGAAACUAUUAAUGGUAAUGAUAAUUAAAAAAUGUAAUCAUAAGAAUAAUAAGUAAUGAGAAGAAAUAUAAUAAAUAUAAUAAAUUAGAGUGUUAAUUUGCCAUGGUGUGAAUUUAAAGUAAUAAAUAUUGAGUUGUAAAACAAUUAUCGAUGUCGUGGGCACUGAUAUAACGCAAUUAUCCAUAUUUAUUAAAAGUUAUCAUUUAUUACAAGACAUUUUAAUUGUGAUCAUAUGCAAAGUUUAUUACAAGCAUUCCCAUGUUAAUUAAUUACUAGUUAAUUAAUUAAUUGAUCAAUAUAGUUUACUUCUGUGUGAUAAAAUCUAUUGGGACAUCGUUAAUUCUUAUUAAUUACAAUUUAAAUUCCUUAGUUCGUUUUUCUGCCACAAGCGUUAGUGUCAAAGUCUCGCCUUUUGAUUGGAUUAAUUUUUUUACUACAGUAUGUUGAUCUUCUCCCAUUGGUUAAUAGAACUAACCUUCAAAACUGGAAGAAAUAUUUCGAUUAAUCGUCAAAAUAAUAAUGUUUAGUUGAAAAUUUGAAUUAAUUAUCACCGAAAGUCUCAAUAGAUUUUACCAGAGUUUAAUUAUUGUUUUAGAUAUUUAAACUAACGUAGCAUCGAACUAGCUCAUGUACAUGAAAAAAAUAACAGAAAAGUAAUAAAUAUUAAAUGAAAAUUAUUUUAAUUGGAAGUACAUAUGAGUUUGAUUGUUAUAAAGUACCUGAGAAGAAAGGAAACUUGAUGAAAUAAUAAAUAAUUAUUAUUUGAGGCCUACUUUACUUUAAAAUCACUUACUUUUACUUAUCGCCUAAUCAAUAAAAUGUAUCAUUUAUCAUUACCUGUUACAAAAGAUCGAGGGUUAAUCAUUUAAUUAAUGAACGAAUCAGCCAUUCGUUUAUUUAUAAAUAAAUAAAAUAUUUUAUCGACUCAUAUGUACUCCCAAUGCGUUUUUAAAAAAUAAUAUAAUGAAUUUUUGUACGCGAAUAAAAUCGUCCACGUAGACUAAUCGAUUAUUAUUAUUAUUAUUAAUUGAUUGGUUAAUUAAUUAUUGGCAGAAUACCUCGGUAUUAAUAAUAAAUAAUUACAUUAAUCCACAUUGUUCACUUAGUCGCGUAAAUAGUUGAUCUUUGACUCUGGAUUGUUAAUUAAAUAAAUUAAAUGUUGAAGAUUUAAAUGAUGCGAUAGAAAGACUUGUUCAUAAAUGAAUAUAUAAAUAAAAUAAAUAUAUAAAUAUAAAUAAUAAUAAAAAUGGAAAUAAAACUAAUAAGCUCGUAGAUUAAUCGAUAUCUACACAAAUUAGCUUGAGAUUAACGCGACCUAAUGUCUUUUAUUAAUUAUUAAUAAUGAAAAAUUUGCUGAUAUAUAUAUAUAUAUAUAUAUAUAUAUAUAUAUAUAUAUAUAUAUAUAUAUAGCUGAUUGUAAUCGCUGACUAUUAUUUAUUAUGAUAAUAAUGAAACCAACAAAACAAACAAACAAUAAUAUUAAUGAGAAUGUAUUUAAAAAAUUGUCGAUGCAAGGGUUGUAGACAUUGCGAUUAGUCUCGUAGGCUGUAAUAAAAAAGUAAAUUACUUGUAAAAGUCUAAUGAUAUCUUUAUUAUAUUAAUAUAUAUGUAUACUUACAUAUAUAUGUAUGAGUAAUGUUAAAUGCUAGUGGCCAAGUGCUAAAAUGCACAAUUUUAUUUUUAAUGCUAUGUUAAAUGUUAUUGACUUUAAAUAAAACGAUUAUUUGAAAAUAUAUAUAAAUAUGAUUGAUAAUUUAUUGGUUAUGUUCUUUUUUGGUACAGUUUGUGCAGCUGUUAAUGUAGAUGGCGUUUUUAUUAACGCGAAUGAUGAUGCCCUGUUCAGAAAAUCUCAUAAAAUACAAUAGAUUCUCAUAAAUUCCUAUAAAGAUUUUAUGAUAAUGAAUGAGUUCUAUAAAAAAUGCUAUAGUUAAGUAUAGUUCUUAUACAGC